AUGCUCUACAUCGUCGACAUACGCAGCAACGAGAUUGCAGGCUACCUACGUGGUCAUGGUGGCGCGAUCACGUCGAUCACGGUGCAUCCGACGGAACCCCACCUGCUCUGCACCACCUCGCGCGACUUCACCGCGCGUAUCUACGACCUCACUCUCUCACCUAAUCAAGAGCCCAAUAACCCCAUGUGGAUGCCUGGUGCAGGUCCCAACAGGGCUGGGGCAGCACAUGCUCUCCACAUGACGGAGUCUGAAGGCCAAUAUAGCGGGCGGUGCGUGGCUGUCUUGUGCGCGGGUAGGAGUGGGGGCCAUCAGGCUGCCGUGCUGGGCUCAGCCUUCCAUCCAACGCUCCCCAUCAUCGCAACAUGCGGAUUAGACAGAGUUGUGAAAAUAUGGCGCAUACCGCCACCAGUCGAAGGGGAAAAUCCGCCCAUCCUUCGAGAAGACAAACCGCUUUUCAGCAGUUCUUGCGUCCAUAGGUCCCGCGUGCUGUCCAUCAAUUGGUCCGCUCCAUCCGCUCUCCUUUGCAUUGUGACGGACAACAAACUCUUAUUCGACUAUUUUGCUUGCAGGAUAGGCUACGACACACUCCUGACGCAUAGCGCCCCAAUACUCCUGCGGAGGGGUCCAAAAGAGUGGCAAGAAGAGGCAGGUGAGAUGGUGGUGUGGCAAUGGUUGGGUGCAGACAGAUUUUUUCCGCUGCACCACCCCGUCCAGGAUGUGCUCAGAGGAUGCACUUCGGAUUAUCAAGAGAGCUCGUCGUUCAAGAUAUUAUCAUCCGUUCCCCUUCCCUACCCACCGAUUUCCCAGAGAAUUCCGCCGUCUUCAGUACAGAUCGCCGUCUGCAGCUCGCCGUCUACAGACCCAACCACCAGGUCAAAUCGCCAUGAUCCGCUGAUCCUCGUCCCGCUUCUGGACAUCGUCCGUGUUAUCAACGCUGGCGACUUAGCCCCACGCGCAUCGCCCCCAUUUCCGCUCGAUGUACCUGAGGUAGUGGAGAUGACCAAGCGAAUCCGGCUGGACGAGGGCAGCGGGGAGGGCGAGAGGAUAUGGCAAGAGGGGCUAGGAUGGGGUAUUGAAACUGGAACCUCAAAAGGGAAGAGUAGAUUUGAUGCAGACGAGGAAGCUAAAGAAAGUGUUCAGGCAGCAUGUAUGAGCGUUGACCGGAAAGUAGUUAUCGCGGUAGGAGAACAGGGAGCUAUAUGGGUCUGGGUACACAAGACAGGCUAAGCUGUUUCAUAAGUCUUAUUCGUUGUAGCUUGUCUUCCUUGACUUUGUUAUCUCACAUCUCACAUCUCAUGUAUUUCGCUUGUUCUUUCGUGACAUUUGCAUAUUCACGCAGUCCAGUAAUCUCC